AUGUUGUCUAGGAAGGCUACAUGCAAGUCCCACGGGGAGGACUCUUCUUACUUCCUAGGAUGGCAAGAGUACGAGAAGAAUCCACAUGAUCCAGUCCGAAAUCCAUCUGGGAUUAUUCAGCUCGGCCUCGCUGAAAAUCAGCUUUCCUUCGAUCUUCUGGAAUCAUGGAUUGCCAGAAAUCAGGAGCCCACGGGGUUUAUGAAGAAAGGAGGAUCAAUAUUUAGAGAACUGGCUCUUUUCCAGGAUUAUCGUGGCAUGCCCGUGUUUAAGAAAGAACUAGCUGAGUACAUGGCUGCAAUCAGACAAGACAGGGUAAGAUUCGAUCCAAACAACAUUGUGCUAACAGCCGGGGCGACAUCCGCGAAUGAAGCUCUCAUGUUUUGCCUAGCUGAAGCUGGUGAAGCUUUUUUAGUACCAACACCAUACUAUCCCGGGUUUGACAGAGAUCUCAAAUGGAGAACGGGGGUGGAAAUUGUUCCAAUACAAUCCUCAAGUGUGAAUAACUUCAGAAUCAUUCCUUCUGCCCUGGAAGAAGCCUAUCAACAUGCCCAAAAGCUCCAUCUGAAAGUUAAAGGGCUUUUCAUAACAAAUCCUUCAAAUCCAUUAGGGACAACAUUGAGCAUACAUGAGCUAGACCAUCUCAUCAACUUCGCCAUAGACAAAAACAUCCAUAUUGUGAGCGAUGAGAUUUAUUCAGGUACUGUUUUCGAUUCACCAAGGUUCAUAAGCAUCAUGGAAGCUAUAAAGAAGAAACACCUGGAAAACACAGCAAUUUGGAGCCGGGUUCACAUUGUUUCCAGCCUCUCAAAGGAUUUUGGUCUUCCAGGAUUCAGGAUCGGCAUGAUCUAUUUCAACAGUAAAACCCUGAUUGCUGCUGCAACAAAAAUGUCGAGUUUUGGGCUGGUCUCUUCUCAAUCCCAGUUCCUACUGUCGAAAAUUCUUGGCGACAAGAAGUUCACAAGAAACUACAUCAUGGAAAACCGAAAUAGGCUGAAAAACAGGCGGAAAACGCUCGUCUCAGGCCUUCAAAAAUAUGGAAUCCGAUGUUUGGACAACAAUGCUGGAUUGUUCUGCUGGAUUGACAUGCGUUGCCUGUUAACUUCCUAUACAUUUGAAGCGGAAAUGGAGUUGUGGAGGAGGAUCAUUUUCGAAUACGGGUUGAAUAUUUCUCCAGGAUCUUCAUUUCAUUGCCCUGAACCAGGUUGGUUUCGUAUAUGUUUUUCAAACAUGUCAGAGGAAACCCUGGAUCUCGCAGUGCGACGGAUCAAGGCAUUGAUGGAUUCCAGUUCUCCAAAUGCUUGCUAG